AUGGCUUUGUCGCUGCUACAGGACGCUCAAACAGCAAGAGGAUUAGCAGCCGUCCGUACAUUGCAAGGGAUGAACCGUGACGAAGAACGGAGCCUGUCCGUAUCGCCUCCGCUGACCGGUCAGCGUGCACAACAGCACCACCACCUCCUUCACCACCACCAGCACCAUCUAGGGAUGGGUCACCUUCAGCACCACCAGCACCACCACCACAGCCCGUCGUCGGCGUCGCCGGCUUCGCUGUACGGAGGCUUCCAUCCGGCCGCGGCGUCCGCCAUGGGAAUGCUCGCCCCGCAGCUGUUGGCCGCCAACCAGACGGCGGCCGCCGCCCUGAUGGCCGCCGGGCUACCGAUGUCGCUACGGGCCUCGCUGGCGUCCGGGCUGUUCCCGCCUCACGCCGCCCUGUUCGGGGCGUGGGCCCCUCCGACGCCGACCAGCAACAACAGCAGCCCGCCGCCACCGCAGAGCCCGAUCUCGCCCGCCCUCAGCCACAAGAGCUCCAAGUCGCUCAAGCUCCAGGCCGCCAACAACAACAACAACAACAGUAGUAGCAACAACAACAAUCACAUCGUUUCGACCACCUCCGAGAUUCUGCCGCAGACGAAGAAGCAGACCAAGCGGAAACAUCAGUCGUCCGCGCGGAAGGACCUCCAGGCGCAGCAACAGCAACAGCAGCACCUUCUGAUGCGAUCACCGACCCACCACCACGGGCACCACCAUCACCUGCACCACUCGGCGGUCACAUCUCCGGUAGACAUUCCGAGCAGCCACGAUAUGGUGAGUCCGGGCCCGAUCUCACCUCCGACGUCCGGCUCGUCGCCCCAGUCGAACGGGAGCAGCGUGGAGCUGCCGACGGCGGCCGCUACGAUCACCACCACCACCGCCGCCCCGUCGACGCCCUCCUCAUCGGCGGCCGGGGCCACCGGAGUGCGUGAUCCGUCCCGUGACAAGGUGUUCACCUGCAAGACCUGCAAUCGGUCGUUCGGCUACAAGCACGUCCUGCAGAACCACGAGCGGACGCACACGGGCGAGAAGCCGUUCAAGUGUCCGGAGUGCAACAAGCGGUUCACGCGGGAUCAUCACCUCAAGACGCACAUGCGACUGCACACGGGUGAAAAGCCGUACUCCUGUACGCACUGCGACCGGCAGUUCGUGCAAGUGGCCAACCUGCGGCGGCACCUCCGCGUGCACACCGGCGAGAAGCCGUACGAGUGCGAGAUGUGCGAGCAAAAGUUCAGCGACUCGAACCAGCUGAAGGCGCACAUGCUGAGCCACAGCGGCCAGAAGCCGUUCCACUGUGAUAGGUGCAACUCGAGCUACCGCCGGCGGCACCACCUGCUGCACCACAAGUGUGGCAUCACCAGCCCGCCGACGCCGGCCAUCAGCCCGGCCAUGAGUGGCCUGUCGGCGGACAACCACCACCCGCACCUGAACCGGUUCACCUGCGGCGGUUCCGAGUCGAGCGACAUCUCGAUGGAGCUGGCCAAGACGGCCCUCGGCGGUGGCAUCGGCCCCGGUUCCCUACUGCUGCACGAAAAGUACCCGGGUCUGACGCUUCCCCUUAACUUUGGCCCGAUGCCGGAUCCCCUCGGGAGUCCCACUGCCGACGGCGCUUCCGAGCACGACGACGGUGGCUCGCUGGCAGCGGCCAGCAGCAGCGCGAUCGAUCUGCGGGCCGCCAGCAGUCGGUCGCGGACACCGCAGCAGAUUGCGCGCGUCAAGUCGGAGCUGCCGGAGCAGACGGAACCGGAGGACCUCAGCAUGCACUCGCCCCGCUCGCCCGUCUCGAUGGAGGAGCUGGACGAGCUGGAUGAUGCGGCCACGCUCUACCUGAAGCAGCAGCUCCGCCAGCAGCUGCAUUGA